GAGUCUGUGAGCAAGGCAGGACUCCACUCUCAGGACAAGAAGAAACAAGGGGAGCACUGCAAUGGAUUUUCCAGCACAGAUGAACAUACAGAAGGAAGUGACCUGCCCCAUCUGCCUGGAUCUUCUGACAAUGCCCCUGAGUCUGGACUGUGGCCACAGCUUCUGCCAAGCUUGCAUCACUGCAAAGAGUAAGGAUUCAGGGGUCCACCAAGGAGGGGAAAGCAACUGCCCAGUGUGCCAGUGCAAAUACCAGUUUUGGAAUCUCCGACCUAAUCAGCCCCUGGCCAACAUAGUGAAGAAAGUCAAAGAGAACAUGAGCCCAUGGCAGAAAAAGCUCUGUGAGCACCAUGGAGAAAAACUCCUGAUCUUCUGUAAGGAGGAUGGGAAAUUCAUUUGCCAGCACUGUGCCCAGUCUGUGGAGCACCAUGGUCAUCAAAUAUUCUUCAUGGAGAAGGUGGCCAAGGACUGUCAGGAAAAGCUCCAGGCAGCUCUGAAGAAGCUGAGGAAGGAGCAGCCGAAAAUGGAGGAGUUGGAAGCUAACAUCAGAGAGGAGAAAGCUUCCUGGAAGAAUCAUAUGCAGACUGAGAGGCAAAGGAUUCUGAAAGGGUUUAAUGACAUGAGAGCCACCCUGGACAGCGAGGAGAAGAGGGUGCUGCAAAAGCUGGAGGAAGAUGAAGUGAAUGUGCUGGAUAACUUGGUAGUGGCCAGAGACCAGCUGGCCCAGCAGAAGCAGUGCUUAAGGGAGCUCAUCUCAGAUAUGGAACAUCAGAUAUGGGGGUCAUCAGUAGACACAGUGCAGGAUAUGAUGAAUGUCAUGAAAAGGAGUGAGAGGUGGACCUUGAAGAAGCCAAAUAUUGUUCCCAAGAAACUGAAGAGUACAUUCCGAAUUCCAGAUCUGAGUGGGAUGUUGCAAGUGUUUAGAGAGCUGACAGAGGUCCAACGCUACUGGGUGGACGUGCUGCUGAAGCCAGUCAAUGCUAUUUCGAAUAUUGCCAUUUCUGCUGAUAAAAGACAAAUGACAACUGUGCACAACUUCUCUCUUAAAAGUGUAUUUCUAUGUGAUUUCUCUGCUUUUGAUGUCUUGGGCUACCAACAUUUUUCCUCAGGGAAGUAUUACUGGGAAGUAGAUGUGUCUGAAAAGAUUGCCUGGAUCCUUGGGGUGUACAGUAAAGCAAGAAACCUCAAGAGAAAAGAGAGCUCUGGGUUUGUUUUUGAUCCAAAUGUAAAUCGUCCAGAUGUUUACUCCAGAUACAAACCUCAGUUUGGCUACUGGGUUAUUGGGUUACAGAAUGAAUCUGAGUAUAAGGUUUUUGAGGAGUCUUCCACCUCUGAUCCCAAGAUAUUGACUCUUUUCAUACCUGUUCCUCCCUGUCGUAUUGGGGUUUUCCUUGACUAUGAAGCACGUAUUGUCUCAUUUUUCAAUGUCACAAACCAUGGGUCACUCAUCUACAGGUUUUCUAAUUGUCAGUUUUCUCAUACUGCUUAUCCAUAUUUCAAUUCUUGGAAUUGUCAACACCCCAUCACCUUGUGCCCACCGAGUUCCUAAACUUUCUCAGUCCCUCACCCAUUUCUGUGUAGGUCCCCUUGUCCUGGGGUUCAUCUACAACUGAGCUCAUCUGCACCAUUCUGAACAUGUCUUCCUUCUUUUCUCCAUCUUUCAUUUUAGAAUGUUUUUGAGAUAGUCUGCUAGGACUGCUGUCACAAAAUACCACAGAAUGGGUGGCUCAGACAACAGAAAUUUCUUGUCUCACAGUUCUGGUGGCUGGAAGUCUAAGACCAAGGUGUCAGCAGAGUUGGUUUUAUCUGAGGGCUGUGAGGGAAGA